AUGUUCGGCAAGUUUUCACUGAUUCUGGUUCUGUUGGUGGCUGCCACAAGUGCCUACCCUUCCACCUAUGACAACGCCUUGAUAGGCUACUCGGAUGCGGUGGAAAUGUUCUUGAAGGCAUGGCAGAAGAUCAUUCCUUGCGGCUAUGCUGCAGGCAAUUUGCCAGUGUUGGCUCCAUUGACCGUCGAUUUCCAAGCCUUCAACUACAGCAACGGAAACACCAAUCUUGUGGGUAAUGUGAGCAACAUUCGCAUCUCUGGCUUGAACAACUUCCAGAUCUUGAGCGGUGGCUACAAUGAUAGCACAAAUCAUGCCCACUUCGAUGUCAUCUUCCCACAAUUGCAAAUCUUGGGUGCCUAUGAGCUGGAGGGUAAUCUUAGUGUUGGCGGUCUUCCGUUGCCCAUUCGCCAAAAUGUGCUCAUCAACAAGAAGCUGAUUGAUUGGCGCUUCGUUGGCGAAUAUACUUUUGCGCAGAGCGCAAACAACUCCAAUGGACUGCAGAUUAGUGACUUCGAUCUGAAGUACUUUGUGGCUGGCGUUAAGGUCGACAACUGGGACAAGUAUUUGGAUGUGGCUGCCAAUAACUUUGUGAACAACUUCAUCGAGUCCUUCUCGCUGCUGUUCGCCGAGGAGAUUCAGCCUUAUGUGAACACUUUGUUUGCCACCUAUUCUUUGCCAGCUAUUAAUGAUCUGCUGUCCGGCUUGAGUCUUACUGAGUUGACUGACUUCUUUGUAAUGCAGGCCGAGUUGUGGAACAUGGCCGAUUGUCAAGUAAAGGCAUAA